AAGAAGACGGAGGCAAGAGACACACGGAGUACCAGAACCUCACGCGGCAUCGAGUCAGUUCGCAGCGCGGCAUCGUAUCGAGCAGACGUGCCCACAUUCGUAACUCGUCUCUCGACACACAUUCGCACACAAAAGAGCUUCUUUCUCUCGUUCUUUUUUGUUUUCGUUUGUUCGUUUACUUCGUGAAAUUGUUUUCGUCGGUUUGAAUCUUCGGAUCGUUUCGAACGUUUUGUUCUUCCAAUUGUUUGUCGGCGCAACGAUCGUAAAAGACCACGUGAAAAAAUCUACUAUUCACGCUUUCGGGGAUUACAACGAGCGAUGUUGACAGAGUGCGAACUUACGUUGGUUUAUCGAUUGUAACAUCCAUCGUUUGACUUCGAUACUCGAAACAAUCAACUCUUUAUCGUUGGAUCUUUGUGUCGCAAAUUCCAUUUUGCUUUAAAAACUACGGAUUUGCGCGUGUUCUAUUAUUCCGAGGAUUAAUCCUUGAUGAUUUUAAUAACAGGUGCGACAAAGUUGUUUCGCGAUAAGAAGAUUAAGUACCGUACUUGUGCCCUGUGCAUCCGACUCUUACGUCGAUCGUGACAGUUCCGUCAGUUUGACGAACUCACCUGUAACUUUGCUUCGAUAAGUGUGAAACACGUGAUUCUCGCUGGCCGGACUGUUUAUCGUCGCCAAUAUUGUUUUUUAUCUUCCACACCACUCGUCGCCGCCCUGACGAUUUUUUCAAAUCCAGGGCUUUUGGAUAUUUGGAGUUAUUCUUCAUUCUCUUCUUAUUACUGAAGAUAUUACUAAAUCGGACAAAGUGGAUCGCGUAAUAGGCGUGAGAUCCCGAUUGGAAGAACAUUUAACAAUUGAUGUUCUAAGAGGACGAAUUAUGGUGGCAGAGUUUGUCGCCCGUCAGAGUGGAUCGCCCAUCAACGGUGAAACGGCCUGUUUGAACGGGAACAUGCCGGUGAGCCACACGAUGGCACACGCAGGUCACGGUGGUGGCAACCACGGUCACAACGGCCACGACGCUCACGGACCGAUGCCAACGUUGACGCACCCCUCGCACCAUGGGCCGCCUCCGCAGCAACAGCAGCACCAGCAUCAGCAACAACAGCAACAGCAGCAGCAGCAGCAUCAACAGCAUCAGCACCAGCAGCAGCAUCAUCAGCAGCAGCAGCAGCAGCAACAGCAGCAGCAGCAACAGCAGCACGAGCUCCACCACGACACACAGUCAAAUCACUCGGACUCGUAUCCCCAGAACUUCGACAUCCGGAAAGAGCUCUUUUCGCAACGCAAGCAACGGGAAUUUAUUCCGGACAACAAAAAAGACGACAGUUAUUGGGACCGUCGUAGGAGGAACAACGAGGCUGCGAAAAGAUCGCGAGAAAAGAGGCGCUUCAACGACAUGGUUUUGGAGCAGAGGGUUAUGGAAUUGAGCAAGGAGAAUCACAUUUUGAAGGCCCAGUUGGACGCGAUUAGAGAGAAGUUCGGUAUUUGCGGUGAGAACGUUAUCAGCACCGAGCACGUGUUAGCCGCGUUGCCAUCCGAGCCGGCGCUGAGUGUGAAGAGAGCAAAAUUGCCAGCAUCGGCGUCCCUGAUAUACGCGAGGAGCCCGAGUCCGGUGCACACCUCCGUGAUUCACCAGCCGGUGAGCGGUGCGCGAUCCCCGAGAUCGCCGGCCCAGCUUUACGUCCCUGAGACUUCGGCGUACCCGGAAACCGAGAGUUUCCAAUACCCUUACACGCACCAUCCAGCGAUGCAUUUCGACACGACGAGCGCCCUCAACCUUUCCCGUGGCCGACGGCCCCAGUCCCCCUUCGAGUUGUCCUCGGGCAGCGGCGACGAGAGCACCCAAAUAAUCCCCUCCCAAAGCAUCUCCGCGAACAACAGUCUUCCUCACAAAUUGAGGCACAAGUCCAGGAUCGGCGACAAGGACGCGGCCAGCGCGCUCCUCGCGCUCCAGGGUAUCAAGCAGGAACCCGGACCGAGAGCCUCCCCGCCCUGGGACAACGAGGGCUCCAGCGACGAAAGGGACUCCGGAAUCUCCCUCGGCAACGAGUGGACCGGACCCUCCGUUCAACCUGUUCCUGAAACCAAGCAAGAGGUCCAAUCCCGGCUCAAUCGCUUGGCCUCCGAAGUCGCCUCCCUCCAGUCCAUUCUCCUCCACGGUAAACCCGUCGACUCCGUCGUUACCUCGCAACCGAUUGCCUCCAACGCGACCAACUCAUCGAUCAGCGUCAAUGGUAUCAAUCACGUUUUACCCUGAAACCGAUGUCACACGGGAUCCAACGCUCCGUUGUUUUUUCCAACUGUCGUCAACUUCGCUCUCCUUCUUUCCUUCACAGCCUCUCAUACCUUUUCCCCGCUUUUAUUUAAUCGAUCAUUAUUUCUCUGGAUUCUGGUACGUUCCCGACGACGAAUAUCCUCGAUCAAAGAAUUUCAGAAUCAUUUCCCUUCGUCCUUACCCCACCUUAAUGAAGAAGAAAAUUUAUCCUUCCUAUACCCAUUAAGGAUUUCGCGAGUUUAUCGAGUUUGAUGGAGUCGAACGAUACCAAUAACGCGGAGUGCAUUGAACUUUUUUUCUUCUUUUUCAUUUGGAUUGUUUUUAUAUCCAGUCGCGGUUACUGAUUAUUUAAAACCGCCCUCGUGAACAUAGCAACUAUUUAAUACGACACCUAAACUUUAAGUAAAUUAUGAUUUUUAAAAAAUACUUUUUAUUUCUGUCGUUGUUAUUAUUAUUAUUAUUAUUAUUAUUACUGUCAUUAUCAUGAUUAUUCUUAUUAAUAUUAUUAUAGUAGUUUGUUAUAAACGUUGCGCGAUUUGUUAUUCGAUACGAGUCGAAUCUAAAUUGGUUUUCUCAAAAUAUGAAAUUUAGAUUAAACGAACGAAUUGAACAUUUGUUUCGACUCUUCGAUUUUAUGUCGCCGCCCAACCGGCUAUCACAACACCGCCACUAAAAUGAAUCAUCAUCACCUGCGAGCGAUGCAUGAUCCCUUGCUCUAAUUGAACAUAUUUUCGCGAAGAAAAUUUCGCUCGUCGUACUUCGUGUAUGAAAGUAAAUGUCGCUUCGUUCUUCUUCUUCGUAUUUUUCCAUUUUCUUCUCUUCUUCUCUAUUCUUUGUCUUUAGCUCGUACACACUCUCUCUUCUCUUUCUCUGUAAUUCGUGCAUGAAAAUCCUUCGAGUAACGAAUAUAAGCGAAAAAAUAUCUUUGUAAAUAUAUUUAUAUGUAAAUAUAAAUUGAGAAAAGAGAAUUCAUUCGAUUUUUCUUUUUGGCCUCGAAAAAUAAUGGUACGAAAAUAUUAACAUACGCAUGUGUGUGCAUGUGUUUGUGGGGAAGUCAAGAAACAAGAAAAUGAUAAUUCGAGGCAGUCUCUGGCUUUUGGACGAAAGUGAACAAAUUGGGAACAAGUUUUGACAUUGAAAAAAUACGUUUUUUUUUUUCAACUUUUCAUGUAUGUAAGGACAUAUAUAUUUUUUGCAUUCUCAAAAUUAUUGGGACAAAACAAAAACGCAAGAGGUUUUGACCGAUUCAUCGAAUUCGAGUUGGAUGAAUCAGUAUAGAGGAAAAAACGAAUAAUAUUAUAAAAUUUUUGUCAAAACGUAUUUUUGUAUUUUCCAAAAGUAUCAAAAUCAUCGAUGAAAAUAAUGGAAUUAAUAUCGAUGGAAAAACAAAUUGCACUCGUUCGGUCGUUGUUUUUAGCUGUAGUCUGUCUCGAUGGAUAGAGAAAAAACAAAAAAGUAUUUCCAAACUAUAAAAAGUGUCUGUUGUGACUAGCGUAGAAAUGAAAUUCAUGAAUUGAAAAAAAAAAGUGAAAAAAAAAAUACAAAAAAACAUGAUGCGUGUUGCCAAGCACUACACCCAGAUCGCGCACUCACACACAUUCGUUAUUCGUCUAUUAUACAAUAUAAAUAUUUAAAGAAAAAGUAUAAAUAUGUAUUUUUCAAAUUCAAUGUAUUUUUUCAUACUCGUGAUAAAACGUGAAUAAAUAAGAAAGGAAUAUAAAAAUAAAGGGCUCUAAUCGUUUAAUUUUUAAUGUUUUCGUUUCGUUAUGUUACGCAUACGCGUUACUACUUACGAAUAUUCGAUGUUUCGUGAAGACUUUUAAUCAGUGAAAAGAAGAAGAAGAAGAAAAGAAAUAUCGAAGGGAGAGAAAAAAAGUGCGAUAUUGAAGGGCGUGCGAAUGAGGAUAAGAAUGAAUAAAAAAAAAAAUAACUAUAAAUAAGUGUUUUGCUAAUUGAGUAUUGAGUAAGUGGAGAAAAGAAAAAAAAGAAGGAAUGAAAUUUUUCGUGAAAGGAUGACGAGAAAAAAAGAAAUGAGGCAGAAAAAUUGUAAAUUAGUUUUCUUUUUCAUGAAAAUUUCCUGUGAAAGUUUGCCACCUUUUUUCUAUCCUCUCACGAAGAAUCCCCCACGAAACACACAUACACACACACACAACACACAGAUUGGCCGAUGAAUUUAUAAAUAUAGCACGUUGGUGUCAUUGGCCGUUCGUUAUGUAUUAUAUAACCACGUGAUUAUCAGCACCAAGUGCCGAUUAAAAUAGGCUUAAACGAAUGAGACGACGAGGAAUAAUAAUUAAAAGAAAACUAAAAUUGAAUCCUAAAGUAUAUCUAUCCGAUGAUUAUUUCGUUUUUUUUACAUCAAGUAACAUCCCAAUCGCGACUAAUCGUUUUUAUGAGCAAUUCCCUUCUCCUCAUUCCUGCUCUCCUUGCCCUGCCCAAAACUAUUUAUUAUCGUUAAUCCCCCUUGAGAUAUUACGAAUGAGAGUGAAAAAUGGAUAAAUCGUGCAGCAAACGAAGAUGAUCGACGUGUACUAUAUAAAUACAUAUAUUCAUAUGUAACUCGUAGCUUUGGUACUACUCGUGCGGUGUUUAUAUACAAGUAAAUAUAGAAAUAUCGAAGAAAAAAUAGAGUUUGAAAAAAACUUGACAACAAUUUUUUAUGAAAAAAUUUGAAUGAAAAAAAAAAUUCAUCCACGUUAUCGAUAAUGGAUUAUAUGGUGUAGCGUGAUAAGAUUAUUCACGAGGCUCGUUUUCUCGCGACAACAGAACAAUAUAAUUUCAUAAAAUCAACUGAAAUAUUGAAAAAGUUUAUGAAAAUGGAAAGAAACAAGGUCCAGAACCCAUUGAACCCGAUACAAGACUGUUUAUUACUAUUGGUGUUACGUAUAUGGAAAGAAACACUAAGAAAACCACCUCUUUUCUCUCGUUUUCUUUAUCUUCCAUCAUUUUUUUUUUUUUUUUGGUUUUUUUGUUUCUUCUGUUUUUAUACACUUGUUACAUAGAUCACUCCGAAAUGCUGAGAAUACGACGAAUAUGAGGAUUUUCACGGAUGGAAAUACAUGUUGAGAACAAAGAAUGCUGAGAAUUUACGUCGAAUAUGAAAAAUUGUGUAAAAAAUAUGAAAAAACUUACGAAUUAUAGUGUAUUUGGCUAUUUAUAUUAUAUAAGACAUGACUGGUGAAUAAAUAUGCCGAGCAAAGACAUCGUA